AAAAUGUCUCCGUCAUACCAUCAACUCAAAGGAGAUCCUACAGCUAAGAAGGCAACGUCAGAACCUGUUCUGGACCCUCAGCAAAUCCAGGCAUUUGAUCAGCUUUGCCGUCUCUACCGAGGAAGUUCCAGGCUGGCUCUCCUCACAGAACUUUCCCAGAACCGCAGCGGCGAGAGCUACAGGCCAUUCAGUGGCUCCCAGAGUGGCCCAGCUUUCAGCAGCAUCUUCCAGAAUGAGAACUUCCAGCUGCAGCUCAUCCCCCCGCCUGUGACUGAGGACUGAUGCCUCCCGGAGGCCUGGCCCUGGAGACCCAGAGACCAGCCCAAGGCAGCUGGGGAGGGGCCCUCCUCUCUGACGGGCUUGGGCUCCAUGGCCCCCCACACCUCUGAGCAGAGGUGCCAAGUUGAACUUGUGUGCCCACCACUCCCAAUGUAGAAUCCCUGUCACUUGCACAGCGUUGGGUGUCAGUUCGCAAGACUGGUUCAUUUUGUUUUGCUUCUUAAGCAAAGGAAUGUUGCAUACUUCCGUCCAGCUUUUUAGAGAAAACAUUUUGCCUAUUGGGACUUUUUUCCUGUUUUCCCUGAAGCCGAGAAAAUGGCUGGAGCUCACAUAGGUGGUGUUCCAGAGUCUUUCCUACUCUUCGCUUCCAGCUGAUAAGGAACUUCCAGCGUGGAGGAACUUUAGCUUCUGCAGAGAACAGUGUUGGCCAGGCCUGCAGUAGAAAUGAAGCAUGCAUUGGAGAGAACAAAGAACCUGCGGAGGCUGGGGGUACCUCCCUUUUUAUGUGUUUAUGUUAAAACCCAUCUGUGUGUAAGACUUGCCCUUGCUAGCAAUAAAUGCCGCUGUGUUUAAGUUCUGUAAAAAAA